AAGCUCAUUCACAUUCUCACUCUCUGCGAUCCCAAGAGCUAGCAUUGACCCCAAUGGCUCUUCCCACUCUCUUCGCCAUUGUUUCCUUUAUCGCUUCUCUGGCCCUCACCGACGCUAGAAUUCCUGGCGUCUACACAGGCGGAGAGUGGCAGAACGCUCACGCUACUUUCUAUGGCGGCAGCGACGCCUCCGGCACCAUGGGAGGGGCGUGUGGGUACGGAAACUUGUAUAGCCAAGGCUAUGGGGUCAGCACGGCGGCGCUGAGCACAGCUCUGUUCAACAAUGGCUUGAGCUGUGGGGCUUGCUUCGAGAUCAAGUGUGGAAGCGAGCCACAAUGGUGCCAUCCCGGCAGCCCGUCGAUCUUCGUGACGGCCACCAACUUUUGCCCGCCUAACUAUGCUCUUCCCAGCGACAAUGGCGGCUGGUGCAACCCCCCACGGCCACACUUCGACCUCGCCAUGCCGAUGUUCCUCAAGAUCGCCGAGUACCGCGCCGGCAUCGUCCCUGUCUCUUACCGCCGGGUACCUUGCCGGAAAGCCGGAGGGAUAAGGUUUACGAUAAACGGGUUCAAAUACUUCAACCUGGUUCUGAUAACGAACGUGGCCGGAGCAGGGGAUAUAGUGAGGGUGACCGUGAAGGGUUCGAAGACGGAGUGGAUGAGCAUGAGCCGUAAUUGGGGUCAGAACUGGCAAUCCAACGCCGUUCUGGCUGGCCAGUCACUGUCCUUCAGGGUCACCGGCAGCGACCGCCGGACUUCCACCUCCUGGAACAUCGUCCCUUCCAACUGGCAAUUCGGCCAAACAUUCACGGGAAAGAACUUCAGGGUCUGAUCUCAGAACUACCCGGCCAACAAUCCUAUAUUAAAAAACAAAACAAGUAGAAGAAAGUCCUGUUUGUGUCUUUUUAAAAUUGGUUUUUCUGUCUUUUGGAAUGUGGAUACGCGGGAACGGCGAGCAGAGGGAAAAAAAGGUAGCAGUACGUGGAGACAGAGUGGAAACUUUUUGACUUGUUAGUGUGUUCUUUGUUUUUUUCUUCUUGGGAGUGGGAGGGAUUGGGGUAAAGCGAAAGUGAAUUUCGAGGAGAAAGCUGAAGUGGCUGGCUGCUAAGUGUUGCGCCCGCAGCUGUGCGCUUUUACAUGUGAGAGACUGUGAGUUUUAGUACAUUCUUAUUUGUAUUUACUCUUCAGUUCCUUCUAAGUUCAAUGAAUGUGUUUGUGUAUUGAUUAA